UGUAGUAGAAAGCCAAGAAUAAAAAAAGUUCAUGUCUAGUUUCAGCUGUGCGUUGUCGUGAGAAAAUUCGCAUUUUUGUGUGAUACAACCGAAUAUCGAGUUCAGAGCCCAAUCCAAAGGGUGCAGUAUUUAGUUUUAGUAAUCUGGAUAUUCAUAUCUGGCAAUGGAAGUGGAAAAUGCACCCGCGUCACCAAAGGAUACCCAAAAACCUCGUUCUCCUUCGGCUGCGUCAGAGAAAGGAGUAGAAAAUGGAAAGCAUGAUUCACGGUCACGAUCCGGAAGUCCAGCGGCUCGGUCGCGGUCAGCGUCUCACGAUUCCAAUAAGUCAGGACAGCGGGUAAAUGUGUCGAAUGGCUCGCGAAAGAGUCGAAGCCGCUCACGCAGUCCUAGCGCCGUUUCAAAUAGAUCAAGGAGUGGAAGCGCACAUUCAAAUCGGAGCAAAGGUCGAAGUCGUAGUCGAAGCAGGAGUGGAUCGCCGAAGAGCAGAAGUCAGUCGAAGGCUCGUUCGCGGUCAGGUAGCGCUGUAAGUGGUGCAAGAAGCCCAAGCGGUUCGAGGAGAAGCCGCAGUAGAUCGCCUGGCAAUGCGAGUAACCGGUCGAGAAGUCGCAGUGUUUCGCAUGGCAGCCGAAGGUCACGUAGCGGCUCGAAACGGAGUGGAAGCCGCUCUAGAAGCCGGAGUGCGUCCAGGAAAAGCGAUGCACGGUCGAGAAGUCGUAGCGGAUCACGCAGAAGUCGAAGCGGAUCGCGGAAGAGUGGAAGUAGGUCUAGAUCACGUAGCCGCAGUGGUUCACGGAAAAGUGGAAGUCGAUCCAGGUCCCGGAGUCGUAGCGGCUCACGCAGAAGUAGAAGCGGGUCUAGGCGAAGUGGUUCGGCAAGAUCGCGAAGUGGCUCACGUCGAAGUGGAUCAGCAAGGUCACGAAGUGGUUCGAGGCGGUCAAGGAGCGGAUCCCGCAGGUCUCGUAGUGGCUCUAGGCGAAGUCGUAGUGGGUCGAGGCGCAGUGGAAGUGGAUCGAGAAGUAGGAGUCGAAGCCGUAGCGGAUCGCGUCGAAGCCGUAGUGGAUCGCGUCGAAGUCGAAGCGGAUCGCGUCGAAGCCGUAGUGGGUCUCGAAGAAGUCGCAGCGGAUCGAGAAGAAGUCGAAGUGGUUCGGGCUCUAGAUCACGAUCUCGAUCGAAAUCCGGUGCAAGAUCCCCAUCUAGGUCCCGAUCCCGUAGUGUUUCUAGAUCGCGAUCGCGAAGCAGAUCAGGGUCUCGUUCACGAUCACGGUCUCCACAUAGUAAAUCCAGAUCCCGUUCAAGAAGUCGUUCAGGUAGCCGAUCACCAUCGCCCGGAAGUGCAAAAAAGAAGCGGAAGGUGUUCAGCGAUUCAGAGGAUGAAGAUGGUGCUAUCGCGAAAAAACGUGUUAAAAUUACGGAUACCGAUAACGAGGAAGAAGAAGAAGGAAUCGGAGGUGAAGCUGCUAAUUUACAAGAAGGAGGACAAGAACAAGCCAAAAAUGAACUCUCCGAUGACGAAGGUCCACUCAGAAACAAUCACGAAGCAGACAAUUUCAUAUCUGAUUUCGACGCGAUGUUGCUCAAGAAACGAGAAGAGAAAUCACGUCGACGAAAACGUCGAGAUAUUGAUUUAAUCAAUGAUAACGAUGAUAUAAUUGACCAAUUGAUACAAAAUAUGAAGGCAGCUGCCGAGGAGGACAGAAUAUUGAAUCAGGAAAAUUUACCAGCCACCAAGAAAAUAUCAAUGCUUAAGCAAGUGAUGUCACAAUUGAUCAAGAAGGACUUACAAUUAGCUUUCCUAGAACAUAAUGUUUUGAACGUCUUGACUGAUUGGUUGGCACCGUUGCCAAAUAAGAGUCUACCUUGUAUUCAAAUUAGGGAAAGCAUUUUGAAGCUGUUGUCGGAUUUCCCAACGAUCGAUAAAAGUUACCUCAAACAAUCUGGUAUAGGAAAAGCAGUCAUGUAUCUGUAUAAGCAUCCGCGUGAGACAAAAAAGAACAAGGAACGUGCCGGUCGUUUAAUUUCAGAAUGGGCACGUCCUAUUUUCAAUUUAAGUGCCGAUUAUAAAGCCUUAUCGCGAGAAGAACGUCAACAGCGUGAUUUAGAACAAAUGCCACGGAAGCGGAGAGCAAGUCCCGAGCCGGGAUCCUCAUCAUCAUCAUCAGCAACAAAGAAAGAAUUGACAACAGUUCUCACUACCGAGGAGAAAGCAUUACGACCUGGCGAAAAAGGUUGGAUUGCGCGUGCUCGUGUUCCUAUACCAUCCAAUAAAGAUUAUGUUAUUAGGCCUAAAUCAACGAUUGAUGUGGAUAUGAGUCGGAUUACCAAGAAGAAGCCCAACCGCUACGAGAAACAUUUGAAACGUUUCAUAGACGCAAAACGUUUGAAAGCAUCAAAGCGUGCCGUAGAAAUUUCCAUAGAAGGACGAAAAAUGGCGCUUUAAGCAUGUGUUAGUCUCUAAUUUUAUCUAAUAUUUGUUUUAAAUAUAAUUGAAGAUAGUUUUAAUUCCGAUUUUUGUAUGAUUAAGAAAUCUGUUUGUUUUCAAAUUGAAAAUAAAGGCAAUUCAACUCAUGUAAAAA